AUGGAGAAAGUAUUCAGGGUUGUUGACCACCUACCUGGGGGGCUCCCACUCGCACACCUACCACCGGAUGUUAACCCGGAGACUGUCGCACUGGAAUAUAUCACUUGCCUACAAUCACUGAAAGCAGACGAUUUCACUGAGGAUGCCCUCUGGCGCGACACAUUUGCUUUCACGGGUACCGUGAGGACGUUCCAUACGCCAGCCAACAUCGAAACUGCCUGGAACGAUGUCGCGCAAACUCACAAACCCAGCGACUUUGCAUUGAUCCCAGGAUCCGCUCGUAUUAUGCACCUUAGCGCGCGAUCGUCCUGGGUUGAAGCGAGAUUUACGUUUAAAACGAAUGGAACACCGCAGGAAAACGGUUCUGGCUUUAUAUCUAUCAUACCGGGAAACAGUGGAAGGUGGAAGAUCUGGUUGUUGAGAACGAUCUUAGAAGGUAUUGAUGGGCUGCCAGACGUGGAUGUGUUGAAACCAGUUGAGUCGGUGCCGAACGGGCAUCUGAAUGGAGUUGAAGAGCCCACAGAUUAUGAAUGCGUGAUUGUGGGAGCUGGCCAGGCAGGUCUUGCUCUCGGAGGGCGCCUCAAGGCGCUGGGGGUGCGAUAUCUGAUUGUUGAUAAAAACGCUACUAUUGGAGAUAAUUGGCUGCUGAGAUAUGAGUCUGCGAAAUCACACCUUCCAUUUGAGCGCACAUUUACUCCAGACUGGAGAGAAUUCCUGACCAAACGUGAUGUUGCCAAGGGCUUUACAUCAUGGUUCAACAAAUAUGGAAUCAAUGCCUGGUUUUCUACUAGCUUUGAAUCCGGCAAGUGGGAUGAUAGUAGAAAGGAAUGGACUAUUCGUGUUAUUCGGGAGCAAAAGGAGAUUAUGCUCACGACGAAACACUUUGUCUUUGCUAUCGGAGGAGGCGGCCAGAUUCCUAAGAUGCCCACGUUUCCAGGUCGAGAGAAAUUCAAAGGAGUGGUUUUACACUCGGUCGAUUAUAGAGAUUCCAAGGACUGGGCGGGAAAGAGAGGCGUCGUGGUUGGCGCUGCAAAUACAGAUGUUAUUCCUACCGAUUUCUACUUGAAGGUCACUGGAGCGGUUUUUAACGAUCAGAUACCCAUUGAGAUUGCGGACCGAAUACAAUUCAGCAACCCCAUUGCUGUUGGUCGGCAAAUGGUCGCAUUCCAUCUGCAUAAAUUAAUACGAGCAAAUGCGGAGCGAUUCGAUUCUCUAGAGCGGGCUGGUUUCCUCUUAGACAGAUUUGGUGAUAUCACCUACCACGUCAGUGAGCGCAAUGGCGGGCAUUACAUGGAUGUUGGUGGAUCGGCGAAGAUAUCCAAAGGAUUGAUCAAAAUGAAAUCCGAUGCCGUUAUCACUGAGUACACAGAGAACGGACUCCUGUUCUCUGAUGGGUCAGAGCUCAAGGCGGAUGUAAUCGUCUUCACAACCGGAUUUGUCGGAACGAUUCGCGACGAUGUUGCAAAAUACUUAGGACAGGAUGUUGCCAGUCAAGUUGAAGAAUACUGGGGUUUGGACCAAGAGGGAGAAAUUCGCGGAGCUUAUAAGCCUACCGGGCAUCCCGCCCUAUGGUACAUGGGCGGCACACUUGGCCAUACUCGAUUCUUCUCACGGUUUGUAGGACUGCAGAUCAAGGCUGCGCUUGACGGAACUGCACUGCCGAUUUAUAAAAAGAUUCCAGGGCAACCUAACCUCACAGCUCGACCACUGGGCGAGAUAACGAGACUGUUAGCCAAUGACGAGAUUAACGGGACGAAAUGA